ACAGCUGUUCUGCUCAUUAUAUCAACAGCUCCUACCUCAUCCCUCUAACAUCCCUCAUCCCUCUAACAUCCGCUUACAAUUAUGCCCAAGACUCUUGCGUUCCAGGAUAUCCAGGUGCCCGUUCCGGGCUUCGGUGCCAUGGGUCUCUCGCAAGGUUAUGGUCCGGCCGACGACGCCGUUUCGCUCAAAACACUCGCACGCGCCCUCGAGCUCGGCUGCACUUUCUGGGACACGGCCGUCGUGUACGGCAAGGGGCACAACGAGAAACUCAUUGGCCAGUUCAUUAAGGAGAACGGCUGUCGCGACCGCCUCUUCAUCGCGUCCAAGUGCGGCUUUGACAUCACUCCGAAGCCUACACAGGGCGACCUGCCGUUCCAGAUGACUGUGACGAACAAGCCGGACCACAUCGCCCAGUACAUCGAGGACACGCGCGAACGCCUCGGGUCAUACCCCGACCUGUACUACCUCCACCGCAUUGACCCAGACACGCCACUCGAGGAGAGCAUUGCGGCCCUGCAGAAGCUCAAGACGCAGGGCAAGACAAAGUACAUAGGCUUGAGCGAGUGCAACGCGGACACACUGCGCAAGGCCUGCAAGAUCGCACACAUCGACGCUCUCCAAAUCGAGUACUCGCCCUGGUUCACAGACCACGAGCAGUCCGGCCUCAUCUCAACGGCGCGCGAGCUCGGCGUGACGAUCAUCGCCUACUCGCCACUGGGCAAGGGCGUGCUGACAGGCGCGGUCCGUUCCCCCGCCGACUUCAAGGAGGGCGACGUGCGCGCUUCGAUCCCGCGCUUCGACAAGGAGCAUCUCCCCGCCAACCUCAAGUUGGUGGACGCGUUCGUGCGCCUCGCGGAAAAGAAGGGGUGCACGCCGGCGCAGCUCGCGCUUGCGUGGGUUAUUGCGCAGGGCGCCAUCCCCAUCCCCGGGACCAAGACGGGGGCGCGCGUCGAGGAGAACUUUGGGGCGCGCGAUGUCGAGUUGACCCGCGAAGAAGAGAGGGAGAUUCGGGACCUCGUCGAGGACGCUAAGCCUGCCGGCGCCCGGUACUCCGACUUCCACAUGAGCCUUGUUGGCCGUUAGGAGAGAAAAAGAGUAGCGCUGAGUGGUACGUCGAGGCUUGGUGGGCUGGCACCCUCGGGUUGUAGUUGUCAGUGCGGUUAUGCAGAAUGUUAUUGAGUCGAGGGCGA